GUGAAGAAAAUGAAGCUACAGUAGUGUUAUUUUAGGUUCUGCUUCGUUCCUCCGUAGGGUCAUGGAGAGCUUCAAGGGAGACGACGAAACAGAGAAAAAUCUUGCAGUAGCUCUCCUACAACCAGAAGAGGCGGUUAUUCAUGCAGAACAACGACACGGCCAAUCGUACGAGGAACAAAGUUUCGGUAACAAACUCUGGGUCGAAACGAAGAAGCUAUGGGUAAUUGUGGGGCCCUCCAUCUUCAGCCGCCUGGCGUCGUUCAACAUGAACGUUAUCACCCAAGCCUUCGCCGGUCACUUGGGUGAGGUGGAACUCGCCGCCAUCUCUAUAGCGAACACCGUCAUCGUCGGCUUCAAUUUCGGCCUCCUGUUGGGGAUGGCGAGUGCGUUGGAGACACUGUGCGGGCAAGCGUAUGGCGCGAAGAGAUACCACAUGUUGGGAAUAUACAUGCAGAGGUCAUGGAUUGUGCUCUUCUUGUGCUGUUUCCUGCUGUUGCCGUUUUACAUAUUCGCGACGCCGCUUCUGAAGUUUCUGGGACAGCCGGAUGAUGUGGCAGAGUGGAGCGGCGUGGUGGCGGUGUGGCUGAUUCCUCUGCACUUCAGUUUCGCGUUUCAGUUUCCUCUGCAGAGGUUCCUCCAGUGCCAGCUGAAGACGGCGGUUAUUGCGUGGGUAUCCCUGGCGGGUUUGGUGGUGAAUGCGGUAACUAGUUGGCUCUUGGUGUAUGUGUGGGAUUUUGGACUUUAUGGUGCAGCUAUUUCUUUGGACAUAUCAUGGUGGGUUUUGGUUUUUGGCAUGUAUGCUUACGCUGCCUAUGGUGGUUGCCCUUUAACUUGGAAAGGUUUCUCAGUUGAAGCCUUUUCUGGACUCUGGGAAUUCCUCAAACUCUCUUCUGCUUCUGGGGUCAUGUUAUGCUUGGAGAAUUGGUACUACAGAAUACUCGUUCUUAUGACUGGCCAGUUGGAGAAUGCCACCAUAGCCGUUGAUGCCUUGUCUAUAUGUAUGACCAUUAAUGGGUGGGAGAUGAUGAUUCCCCUGGCUUUUUUCGCCGGUACAGGAGUAAGGGUGGCAAACGAGCUAGGUGCAGGGAAUGGAAAAGGAGCAAAAUUUGCAACGCUAGUCUCAGUGACAGAAUCAAUAGUGAUUGGGGUUGUGUUCUGCGUUCUGAUAAUGAUGUUUCAUGACUAUUUGGCUUACAUAUUCACCACCAGCUCUUCGGUGCUACAAGCCGUUGACGACAUGUCAUUCCUCUUGGCCAUAACCAUUCUUCUCAACAGUGUUCAGCCAAUUUUGUCAGGAGUGGCUGUUGGUUCGGGAUGGCAAGCAUAUGUAGCAUACAUAAAUAUAGGAAGCUAUUACCUCAUCGGUCUCCCACUCGGAAUUAUCAUGGGAUGGGUCUUCAAAACUGGUGUUGCUGGUAUAUGGACUGGCAUGAUCUUCGGUGGCACAGCACUUCAAACAUUGAUACUCAUCAUAGUAACCAUACGAUGUGAUUGGGAAAAGGAGGCGGAGAAAGCUCGGUUUAGCGUGAAUAAGUGGUCAAGAUCUAAUUCCAAUGGCGCACUGCAAAUCCCCAAUUAACAUUCCAUUUUAUUUAAAUAAGUUGCAUAGAAAAAAAAAAUUAAAUAUAUUAUCAUACAAUACAAUACUGGUUAUCAUGAUUUUCAAUCUAUAUUCAAAGUUUUAAUUUACUA